GCCUGUGUCCAUUUCUCUAUCGAUGCGCUCGAGUGCCGACGGGCCGUCCCAGACCUCGACAUGUCGUACAACUACGUGGUAACGGCGCAGAAGCCCACCGCCGUGAACGGCUGCAUGACCGGACACUUUACUUCAGCUGAAGACUUGAACCUGUUGAUUGCCAAAAACACGAGGUUAGAGAUCUAUGUGGUCACUGCUGAGGGUCUUCGCCCCGUCAAAGAGGUGGGCAUGUAUGGGAAGAUUGCAGUCAUGGAGCUUUUCAGGCCCAAGGGGGAGAGCAAGGACCUACUGUUUAUCCUAACAGCUAAAUAAAACGCCUGCAUCCUGGAAUAUAAGCAGAGUGGCGAGAGCAUUGAUAUCAUAACACGAGCCCAUGGCAAGGUCCAGGACCGUAUUGGCCGCCCCUCAGAGACCGGCAUUAUUGGCAUCAUCGACCCUGAGUGCCGGAUGAUUGACCUGCGACUCUAUGAUGGCCUUUUCAAGGUUAUUCCGCUAGACCGGGACAAUAAAGAGCUCAAGGCCUUUAACAUCCGCCUCGAGGAACUGCAUGUCAUCGACGUCAAGCUCCUAUAUGGUUGCCAGGCACCUACCAUCUGCUUUGUCUACCAGGACCCUCAGGGGCGGCACGUGAAAACCUAUGAGGUGUCUCUCCGUGAGAAGGAGUUCAAUAAGGGCCCUUGGAAACAGGAGAACGUAGAAGCUGAAGCUUCCAUGGUGAUUGCAGUCCCAGAGCCCUUCGGAGGGGCCAUCAUCAUUGGACAGGAGUCCAUCACCUACCACAAUGGAGAUAAAUACCUGGCAAUUGCCCCUCCUAUCAUCAAGCAAAGCACAAUUGUGUGUCACAAUCGUGUGGACCCCAAUGGUUCCCGCUAUCUGCUGGGAGACAUGGAAGGACGGCUCUUCAUGCUGCUUCUGGAGAAGGAGGAACAGAUGGAUGGCACCGUCACCCUCAAAGAUCUCCGUGUGGAGCUCCUCGGAGAGACCUCUAUUGCUGAAUGCUUGACAUACCUCGAUAACGGUGUUGUGUUCGUUGGGUCUCGCCUUGGGGACUCCCAGCUUGUGAAGCUGAACGUUGACAGCAAUGAACAAGGCUUCUAUGUAGUGGCCAUGGAAACCUUCACCAAUUUAGGACCCAUUGUGGACAUGUGCAUGGUGGAUCUGGAGAGGCAGGGGCAGGGGCAGCUGGUUACUUGCUCCGGGGCUUUCAAGGAAGGUUCCUUGAGAAUCAUCCGGAAUGGAAUUGGAAUCCAUGAGCAUGCCAGCAUUGACUUACCAGGCAUCAAAGGUCUGUGGCCGCUGCGGUCUGACCCUAACCGGGAGACUGAUGACACUCUGGUGCUCUCUUUUGUGGGCCAGACAAGAGUUCUCAUGUUAAACGGAGAAGAGGUGGAAGAAACCGAACUGAUGGGUUUCGUGGAUGAUCAGCAGACUUUCUUCUGUGGCAAUGUGGCUCACCAGCAACUCAUCCAGAUCACUUCAGCAUCUGUGAGGUUGGUCUCUCAGGAACCCAAAGCUCUGGUCAGUGAGUGGAAAGAGCCUCAGGGCAAGAACAUCAGUGUGGCCUCCUGCAACAGCAGCCAGGUGGUCGUAGCGGUGGGAAGGGCCCUCUACUACCUGCAGAUCCAUCCUCAGGAGCUCCGGCAGAUCAGCCAUACAGAGAUGGAACACGAAGUGGCCUGCUUGGACAUCACCCCGCUGGGCGACAGCAAUGGGCUGUCCCCUCUUUGUGCCAUUGGCCUCUGGACAGACAUCUCGGCGCAUAUCUUGAAGCUGCCCUCUUUUGAGCUACUGCACAAAGAGAUGCUGGGUGGAGAGAUCAUUCCUCGCUCCAUCCUGAUGACCACUUUUGAGAGUAGCCACUACCUCCUUUGUGCCUUGGGAGAUGGGGCACUUUUCUACUUCGGACGCAACAUUGAGACAGGCCUGUUGAGCGACCGUAAGAAGGUGACCCUGGGCACCCAGCCCACGGUGUUGAGGACUUUCCGUUCUCUUUCUACCACCAACGUCUUUGCUUGCUCUGACCGCCCCACUGUCAUCUACAGCAGCAACCACAAAUUGGUCUUCUCCAAUGUCAACCUCAAGGAAGUCAACUACAUGUGUCCCCUCAAUUCUGAUGGCUAUCCUGACAGCCUGGCACUGGCCAACAACAGCACCCUCACCAUUGGCACCAUUGACGAGAUCCAGAAGCUGCAUAUCCGCACGGUUCCCCUCUAUGAGUCUCCCAGGAAGAUCUGCUAUCAGGAAGUGUCCCAGUGCUUCGGGGUCCUCUCCAGCCGUAUCGAAGUCCAGGACACGAGUGGCGGCACCACGGCCCUGAGGCCCAGUGCCAGCACCCAGGCCCUGUCCAGCAGCGUCAGCUCCAGCAAGCUGUUCUCCAGCAGCACGGCGCUGCAUAAGACCUCCUUCGGAGAGGAGGUGGAGGUGCACAACCUCCUCAUCAUUGACCAGCACACCUUCGAAGUGCUUCAUGCCCACCAGUUUCUGCAGAAUGAGUAUGCCCUCAGCCUGGUCUCCUGCAAGCUGGGCAAAGACCCCAACACGUACUUCAUCGUGGGCACGGCCAUGGUGUAUCCUGAAGAGGCGGAGCCCAAGCAGGGUCGCAUCGUGGUCUUUCAGUAUUCCGAUGGAAAACUACAGACUGUGGCCGAGAAGGAAGUGAAGGGAGCCGUGUACUCCAUGGUGGAAUUUAACGGGAAGCUGUUAGCCAGCAUCAACAGCACGGUGCGGCUUUAUGAGUGGACAACAGAAAAGGAGCUUCGCACGGAGUGCAAUCACUACAACAACAUCAUGGCCCUCUACCUGAAGACCAAGGGCGACUUCAUCCUGGUGGGCGACCUGAUGCGCUCAGUGCUGCUGCUUGCCUACAAGCCCAUGGAGGGGAACUUUGAAGAGAUCGCUCGAGACUUUAAUCCUAACUGGAUGAGUGCUGUGGAGAUCUUGGAUGAUGACAAUUUCCUGGGGGCUGAAAAUGCCUUUAACUUGUUUGUGUGUCAGAAGGAUAGUGCUGCCACCACCAAUGAGGAGCGGCAACACCUCCAGGAAGUCGGUCUCUUCCACCUGGGCGAGUUUGUCAACGUCUUUUGUCACGGCUCUCUGGUCAUGCAGAACCUGGGCGAGACUUCCACCCCCACGCAGGGCUCGGUGCUCUUUGGCACAGUCAACGGCAUGAUUGGGCUGGUGACCUCGCUGUCCGAGAGCUGGUACAAUCUCCUGUUGGACAUGCAGAAUCGACUCAAUAAAGUCAUCAAGAGCGUGGGCAAGAUCGAGCACUCCUUCUGGAGAUCUUUUCAUACUGAGCGAAAGACAGAACCCGCCACGGGCUUCAUUGAUGGAGACUUGAUUGAGAGUUUCCUGGACAUCAGCCGGCCCAAGAUGCAGGAGGUGGUGGCAAACCUACAGUAUGAUGAUGGCAGCGGGAUGAAGCGAGAGGCCACCGCAGAGGUUGUGGAGGAGCAGACGCGGAUCCAUUAG